GUGGUCAGUAAUGGGCAGCAGUGCGGGGCGACAUUGUGCACGGCGCACACGAAUGUCGAUGAAUAUCGGUUGUCGUCGGUAUUCUAGAUGAUAUAAAUGAGCUUGUACGAGGACCUUGAGUAACAUAGCGACGCCGUGUUAAGCGGUGCCCGGAAUGCGUUCUACUCAUGAACGCACGCGCUCGGAUCAUGUGAGCUGCGACUCGCCGUCCGGUGGUGCUGCUGGUGCUGCUGGUGCUGCUGCUGGUGCCGCCCGCCUGGUAUCGCCUGUCGCACGUUCGCCCCGUAGCAGUUUGUGUAGCCAUAUUUACCGUGUUAUUUGCCGAGACGUCGUCGUGUUUAGCGAUCCGGUGAGCGGUGCAUCGUUUCGUUGGCCGAUAUACUCCGCCGUAUGGCUGCACGCUCUUGAAAAGGAUAGCGUUGCCGUUAUUGUCAUCAUCAUUGUCAUCAUCAUUGUCAUCAUCAUCGUCGUCAUCGUCGUCGAGUCGCGGGGGUCGCCUCCGUGUCGAGUAUGCGACGAUUGUUCUCCGCUGUCUCGUCAUCGUCGGAUGUGCAGUAUCCACGCCGAUUGUCAUCGCUACCGAUCGCCGUAGGUGAACGUUGUGUCACGAGAGACAUCACCGAGACGAGUAAUCUCGGAUCUUGCCAACAUCGCCGAUCGAUUCGUCGUCAUUCACGUCCGAGCGCGCGAUUCCGCGGUGUUCCGGAGACGUCUAAUCAAUCGGUUACCGAGUGUAUAUUUUUCCAUUGUUGUGUACGUCGUCCCGGAUCCUAUACGAAACAUGGGGAGCCUCUGCGCUGCUAAUCCCAAUUGUUGGGUGAAAUUUUUAUGACUGCAUUUGUUGGAAAUGUUUUCAAUAUAAUUUCCUAUAUAUAAGAGUGCAAAGGAAUAUAUAAAAGUUGUGAGAUAAAAAGUUAUGUUAUGAAUAUCUCAGAGUGCAUAUAUUACAUUGCAAAUUGGAAGAAUCUACUAAACGUGUACCAAGCGAGGCACUAUUGUGCCAAGCUUGGGUAAUGGAUCCCAUUGGUCCAUGGUAUACAUCGUAUAAUCGUCUCACUGCGAGCGGCACUACCGGAACGUUUCAAACGACAACACCAACUACAACUAGUGAUUUUGUACCUCAUCAUUUAGCAACGGCUGUUACACAGGCAGUGCCAUCAACAACGACGUCGCAAUUACUUCUACAAGCGGCACAUACAACAGCAACUCUGGCGGGUCAACCGUCCCCUUUUAACCCUGGGGGGUUUCUAACUCCACCCCCUGUGGGUUUCUUCCAUCAUCCCAAUACUAAGCAAGCGCAUUAUGUUACUCAGCAUAGACAAGCUCUUGCUCAAGCGCAAGCGGUAUCGGUGACAAAACAAAACACCACGAACGAAUCCGAUAUUCCUACGUUAAGAGAGAAUUAUAGCUCGGCGCAUCAAGCUACGUUUUUCGAGCAACAAGGAGCAUCGACAUCGCCUACGACAUCGACUCUGGCCUGGACACCUCAGAACAAUACGCAGCUUCCUAGUCCAUUUGGUAUUUUACCGCACGAGAGUGUCGUUCCGUCAUCCCCUGGUCCGCCUUCCACAAAACCUAGCAAUACUAGCGGUUACGAAAACACCUUCAACGCACAUUUCAGUACAAUGCAGACUAUAAAUAAUAUCAAUGCAUCUCAAUUAACUAGUCCAUCUGCGUGCAGCGCGGACUUUAAGGUUGCCAGCUGCCCGGCUGACGCGAAGAAAUCAGUCAAUGUGAGACCUCAAUCGCCUACCUCGGCUAGCGUAAAAUCCAUUCCCGUGCAGAUUAGCGGUAGACAGACGUUCUUUCAUCAAGUACCGACGACGACUUUCAGUUCCGAUACUUUGACGAACACUUAUGCGAGUGCGGGAAAUGGAAGUCAGUCCGCCGCCGGAAAUGGAAAGGUGCAGUCAUCGGGACUGCAACAUCAGCAAUCGUGUAUCGUGUCGACGCCGAACAAUGCCUCGGGUAAGGAAUACAGGAUACCACAACCGCCCUCGAGAUCGACUGCGUCAACGACAAUUUUUCUUAGCACUUCCGCGCGCUCGGGUUCUACGCAAGCGGUUCAGCAAGAUAAGCAGGGAACGCGCAAUUUUGCGUCCCCGCCUAACAAAGCGGCGACUGCCACUGCUCAACAGAAUAUCCAAACUAAAGCGCAAACCAAGAUUUAUCCGGAAUUGGGGAGCCACGGAGUCGAACAUCGGAGAAACGAGCAACACGAUAAUAAUCAAUCGUCACCGAUCAGUUUCUCCAUUAUGGACAAUCGCAAUUUGAACUACGCGGCGAAUAAUUCCACGAACUGCAACAACUCAAGCGGCAAGCUUACAAACAGCCAGAGGACGCCGUCUAACAGCAAUUUACAGUCGCAUCCUCAGCAGCAACAGCAGCAGCAGCAGGCAUUUCAUGUUUUGAAUCAACAACAGCAACAAGCCACAUCUUACAGACAUUAUCUAACGGGAUCGGGAACGAACGAUACAGAAUAUCAUCAUCCAGGCAGAUCCAAGUCCGCGACUUCGACAGAUUCUGCUUAUUCCUCCAAUACCUCGACGCAAAACGGACCCGACUGCAGCGUCGUUGUUCCCCGACGACCGAGUCCUCUGCAGGCUCAUUCGCAGGCCAGUCCUCUGGGUCACGUGCCAAGUCCCGCGUAUCCCAUGUACAACAGUCCGAUGGCAACCAUGUCGUCACCGUCGCCGUUGCAACAACAUACCGAAAACAAUGGUAAUCAGUGCACCAAUGCUGCACAGCCGUACAAAGGCGGAGUGCAACAACAAGUCACUCCACCGUCACCUCUGGAUGUUACCGUUCCCAGGCCGUCAUCGCAGGGACAAGUCGCGUAUUCUUCGGUGAUUACACGAGCGUUAGGUACUAGCACGGAGAAUAGUAAAACCGCUUACAACGCGGAGAGUAAAACGACAUACGACGGCCAACAGCAAGACUUUUCGCAGACGCAGAAGCAACAGGUCUGCUGGGAGAACGAUAACCGCCAAACGACGAAUGGCAACAGAAAGUUCUCCGUCGCCGUAUAUACCGGUGCGAACACAGGAGAUAUAAACGCGCAGAGCUUGUCAGUUCAGCAGCAACAAGUGCAAAGGCUGGUGAACAUGUCGGAUAGCAGACAGCAACCGUAUUUUGAGUCCAAUCAAGUAGCGUUGCAAGACUUGAGCAGUUGCAGGGGGGAUCCAAUGAGUAUCGUGAAGAACUUGCAAACAUUGCAACAGGGUCCUUGUCAGGUGCAACAGCAUGCAACGAUCGUUACGACCAGCACGACGGAACAACAAAAGCAGGCUGAGGAAAACAGACGAAAGGCCGACAAUGCUAAUAAAAAGAGAAAAAGUUUGGAAAAGGCUGCUGGUCACGGUACGGCACCGAACGAGCUUACGGGAACUACGACGAUGACGGAAUACCUCGGUAGGAUACCUCCGCCAGCGCAUCACAACGCAGCGAAUCAACAACAGCAGAAUGGCUAUUUCGACUUUGAACGGUGGAAUCUACCGCCCCCACCCACCAAGAUGUUUCCCGCCGCGUCUGGCGCCUUCGGUUCACAGUCUUCGUUACAUCACUCGAGUAACUUUGCAAAUACUCCGGCUCACCAACAUCAGUCGUUGAUGGUAUCGCAUCAUCACGCGCCGCCACCUAUCCCUUAUUUCCCGGCUUUCCAUAUCCCCGCGGGUCACCAUCCGCAUCAUCCGCACGAGUUUCAGCCCUCUGUUGAAAUUACGUCGAUAGGAUUCGGUGCUGAGAAUGUCGCGAAUCAAAACCCCAAUUACAAUCAAGAGGUCAGAGACGACCAGCCUAAGGUAGUCGUUCCUAAUAUCGAAGAGGAACUCGGUUUUCUUCAACAAGAUCAGCAACUGAUGCAGAAUACAAGUCAAAUGAAUAAAGACUUCAAACGGCCCAGCAAGGAUCCCAAUACGGGUUUUAUGACGAGCUAUUUAAAGUUCCUGCAAGGUGAAAGGGAUCCUUCUCCACCACCUGCUAUACGCGGUGGUAGAAAAGCGACGUGGAAUAGGUCAAAGCCGUAUAUACCAGUUGAGCCGAGUAAACCCGCGGAAGCUUCGACUAACGGCGAGACUGUUAAACCUCAAGAGAAACCGCUAGUUAAGGAGACACCGGUUAAGGAAACGCCGGUGAUAGACUAUGCUAAUGAUCCUAGGUAUUUUCCGUUACCGAAGGAAAGAAAAAAAGCGAACUUUGAUUCGAGUGAUGAUGGAUUUACUAGCGACGAUGACUUUCUAUUUCCCCCUAAGAAAACUGAAAAGAAAGUGCAGAAUACGAAUAAUACGAGUAAUAUCGAAGUUGUUGCUGUAAAACCGGAAGGCAAAGGCAGAAAAGGUCGGCCUAUUAAGCCUGGUGGACCCACAGAUAGGAAGAGAAAAGCUGCUGCAGCAGCGGCGGCAGCAGCAGCAGUAGAAGCGGAGAAAAAAUCUUCGAAGAAAAUUGAAGAAGUGGAUCCACUUUUACUUCCUCCGAGACGCGAGACGUCGAGAAGAAAGGCAAAGGAAAAGACAUCGGUAAAACAAUUUUUGGAUCGGCAACAGGGUAUAGAUUAUUUCGACAAUGACGAGGAACAGGCUGAUUCCGAUUCUGAUCCAGCGUGGACGCCUGCUGUGAAAUUAGUCGGGGACGAAGAAGAGAAGAGGAAGAAACGCGUGAGGCCAGUCAUUACUAAAAAGAUUAGAAAAAUCUUAGAGGAAGACGGGUAUUCGUCUGGGGAAGCUAUCAUUUCGAAAAAAUCAACGAGAAAGAAACACGAGAUGCCUUCAAAAAAUUCGAGUACUGGCAAACUUUCUUGUAAGAUUGACGAGAAACUAGUAGCGGCAGCAAGUGACGAGGAUAUUGAUAUUUCGCCAUUUAAGCAUUUAGGCAACUCAGAAGAUGUGUCUGGCGAAUUUGUUGUGAUUAAGACAGAUUUGGAUGAAGAAUAUCCUCCUCUUUGGAGGAUAGAUGGUAAAACAUUGCUCCAAAAAUAUGAGCCAUUCAAAUCCAAUGGAAAAACUUUGUACAGAAACAUAUCUACGUAUUCUGCAUGGGUUUCACAAAACCGCCACAUAUAUCAACAAGUGCCGGUGAAAUUCUGGCAACAGGGCAAGAUAGAAACAAUUGUGGAAUUUUUGAGGGACGAGAUGAUUGUUGAUGACAGUGAGAAUAUUGAUAAAUCUAUGAAAGAUACUGAGAGGUAUCAAGAUAAUUUCGAAGUAUACAUACAGACAUUGAUCUCGCAAGCUUUGGACUCCAAUUUCCUUACUGAAAUAUUUCAAGAACAAGAUGAUUAUUUUCUGUCUAACGUUAAAAUUGUCGAUGAAGUAACGGAAGAGAGAAAACGUCGCCUUUUGUCCACGACCAAAUGGAAACCGAAUGUCGUGACAGCAUUAUCGACGUGGCCAUGUGUUAAUGUGCUUAAAGACCUACCGCCUUCAGAAAAUAAAGGGAAAUGUUGUGCUGGUUGUCAGCAAACUAGAAUUCAUGCAAGAAUUCUGCUUUAUGGACAACCAUACAAUGGUACUACAUUGGAAGGUUCGCCACCAGAUCCAAGAGUACCUCAUGAAAAAGAUUUUUUGUUGUGCCGCAUUUGCCAAAAGAAGGUAGCCUUGUACAAUAAAGUCGCUCAUCAAAAAUAUUUAAUGUUUUUGGAAUGUGCAAGAAGAGUGGCAGAUAAAAAGGUGGCUGAUCCACACAAAGACACUACAAUAAUAUUAAACGAAUUAUUAGCAGAUGAAGCAUGGUUGAAUCAACUGUUUAAAGAAGUGAGGAACAUUUGGGCUGAAAUUGAUAGCAUGGAGCAGCAAGCUAAAGCGAAACCGAAAACAAUUUUGUCGUCAUCAAUGAAACAAUAUCAUAAAACGGAGACAGCAAUCAUGACUGCUCCUACCGUACUUACGUCUAAAGAGACUGCUAAUACUUCUGAUUCACAGGUGCCUAUACAAAAUACCGAAAAGAAUCCCCAAUCAAUAUCUAGCGAUGUGCAAAUGGGCAGUGAACCAUCUUAGUGGUAUUAUGACAAGUGUUUAUGUUUAAUGCAAAACGCAUCAAGACUGUUACGAGUUCAGUGAUGAAUCCCUGAUAACGCACGAACGUUUAUUGCCAAUAUCGACACCAAUAAAACACAUGUCUCGCAUAUGGUAACAGUGAAGAAUUUUAUUUAUAAUCGUGAGAAAUGAAUUAAAAGUGUAAUCGAGAGACUGUAGUUAUAAUGAUAAGCCAUAGUAUAUAUAUCAGGUAAGCACAAGAGGAAGAAAUUCACACAUACAUACAUAUGUAACAUAUUCACAUUUGAUAUAGAAGUUUAGCUUUAGCUCGAAAUUUGCCAUUAUAGCAUAAUGAUAGCAUAAUAAUAAUAGCAGAAACUAAUAUUCAUGUGAAUAUAGGCAUCUAGUUUAGUCUUUGUAUCGUGAUGAUCUUAUAUAAGCUUCGAUAUAUGAUAAAAUCCAAAACAUAUUGAAAUAUUAUAGUGAUAUGACGUGAUAUUAAACGUCGUUAGUUUCUGAAUCAUAUUUUAUCAUAUUUUAUCAAAUAACGAAAUUAUAAUUUUCGUAUAAUAUAUAGAGAGCGCUCUAUAUUAUUUUUCUGAGUAUUUUACAAAGAAAUAUAUAAGCACAAUCUUUUCGCAGAGCAAUUUACAAUAAUUAUCGUUCCAAAUAAUUUCACAAUUUUUAUAUGCUCUAAAUUUUAUCUUAUGUGCGCAUACAUACAAUUACACAAAAUAUAAAAAUGACAAAUGGUUAUAAAACUAUAAAGAAAUAAAUCUAUGCUUAUAUUUAAUAUAUUUCAAAAUAAGGCUCUAUAAUAGAUACAAUUUUUUAUAUUUACAUUUAAUAUUAUUUGUUUGUAUGUUUCAUACAACAUAUUCAGCAAAUACAUCUCUUCCCAUGCAAUAUAAUAAUGUAAUGUAUGUAUGCAAAUUCUUCCAUAUUAGAGCAUUGUAUGCAUAAACGGAGUUAAACAUAUUUUGUGUUGCAGAGCGUUUGUUAAAAGGAAAGAUUGUUGUUAUUCUAAUGUUAAUUCCUUUCUUCUUAGUGUGUUUGUAUUCUUAUUCCACAUUUUGCAACAUUUACUACACAUUGAUAUUUUCUGUUUCUGAUAUUAAAAUUAUUAAUUUUAAAAAUUGAAAAAUGAAUGUAACAAAUAACAAGAAUAAUUAGUUAUCGAAGAUUAAGAUACGACAUUGGAAUAACUUUUCUUUAUAUGCUAAAUACACAUUGAAAUAAUUUUUAUUAACAAGGAAUAAGUAAAAUGCCCUUGCUUUAGAAAAUCACUCAAAAUUAUUUUUAUGUUUUCAUCGACAGAAUAUUUUUACUCACAUGGGACAUUCUCAAAGAUCAAAACUCAAUUGUGUUUGAAUUAGAGCGAAAUAUUUAUACAUUUGCAUUGUGUAUUAUAUGUUAAGGCCGCUUCUAUAGAUACUUUCCAAUAGCUGAUAAGUAUCUUAGGAUAGUGUGAUAAGAACUUUGUUGUAUAUUAAAUCCAUUAUAUACACUUCAAGCGACAUUUGUGCUUACUCUAUAUAAAAUUUAUUAUUAUUAU